AUGGAACGGAAGUUUGAACAGUACAUAAAAUUCAACGGCUGUCUUAUAGUGUUAUUAGUUGGAUUUCGUGUAAUUGUAAAUGCACAUCAAUGGGUGGUACAGUUGCAGAACGGGAACGAGUAUCCUUUCACGGAGGCUCUUGAAAUGCGCAAUCAUCCCGUCGUAGAUGGAGUGUUUCAGAUUAUGUGGAUUAUUGCUGUUACAUCUUUCUAUCAGGCACUCUGGCUGGAAGUGAGUUUGUUGCUGUACCCUAUCGGGUUCGUACUUGGCUUGGAAACCCUCAUUAUCUGUGCCGGAGACGUGGUCAAGCGAUGGAACGGUGAUGCUGAGGAUUGCUUCCUGCGCAAUGGUCAAGUUAGUGUCUUGUACUUCGCCGCACUGGUCUACUUUUACUACACUCUGUACAUCCUGAAGAAGUUGUUCCGAUCGGAAGAUCGUAAGUUUACUACUCUACCAGCGCCAUCCGGAUCUGCACAAAGGCAACCGAUCAACCCGCUAGUAAGGGUACACUAG